UCCCGGGCUGGGAUUUAAGGUUCAACCCGGUUGGACUGGGAAAGCUUGGACUUGCUUACUUCCGGCGAGGAAGUGUUGCGAAGUGUAGGCUUCGGUUUUCUCGCCGUUGGUUAAAAACCCAUCUUCCCACCCUUGACUGCGGGAGCUUCCAAGGAGAAGCUCCCCGCGACUGGGGCCUUGAUGAAAGGGUUUGGGUUUGGGGUCCCGAUAGGGGUCCUGCCCCUAACCUUGGUCGGGUCGGUCCUGGUGUCUCCAGGUCAGGAGUGAUUCCGAGGAAUCCACGUCCAAAUCCGUACUUAAAAUUGUCUUCUCUUCGGGACCAAUGAAAUCUCCCGUUGAUUUGUCAAGCUCUUGUGGCUUGAAGGACAGGACUAAUUUUGACCGUGGUAAUGUUUUUGACCCCUGUUCUGACUUAAGUUUGGCUUAUGGUAGUAAGAAGGAGCGGCUGCUUCAGGACUAGUUAUAGGUUGGGCACUAAUGAAAGUGACCUUCAGAAGAAUUUAAAGAACGGAUAACAGAUUUCAUCAGUGUGAUAGAGCUAACCUGGAGAGACAUCCCUCUAAGUUGGAAUGAUAAUGACAGGAUCUGGGGAAGUUAUAGACUUAGACCCUCCAGCUGAGAUCUCACAAGAGCAAGACGACCUUCUAAUAGUGAAGGUGGAAGAAGAAGACUGCACCUGGAUGCAGGAGUACAGUCCGCCCAUGUUUGAGACUUUUUACCAGCGUUUCAAGCACUUCCAGUACCAUGAGGCAUCUGGCCCCCGGGAGGCACUCAGCCAGCUCCGGGUGCUCUGCUGUGAGUGGCUGAGGCCGGAGUUGCACACCAAGGAGCAGAUCCUGGAGCUGCUGGUCCUGGAGCAGUUCCUGACCAUCCUGCCUGAAGAGUUUCAGACCUGGGUGAGAGAACAUCACCCAGAAAGUGGAGAAGAGGCUGUGGCAGUGGUAGAAAAUAUACAGAGAGAACUAGAGGAACGCAGACAACAGAUUGUGGCAUGUCCUGAAGUGCUUCCUCAGAAGAUGGUACCGCCCGGGCCGGUGCAGGAGUCCUUCGCUCACCCGCUCCUGUCUGUGGACAUCCAGCCUGAACAAGAGUCACAGAAACCUCAUCUUCUAGAGGAUAAUGCCCUUCCUGCUCUCCAAGUUUCUUCCCUUCCCCUGAAGGACAGCCAGGAGCUGACUGCCUCACUCCUCUCAGCUGGGUCCCAGAAAUUGGUGAAAAUUGAAGAUGUGGCUGAUGUGGCUGUAUCCUUCAUCCUGGAGGAAUGGGAACAUUUGGACCAGUCCCCGAAGUCCCUCUAUAGGGGUGACAGGAAGGAGAAUUAUGGGAGUAUUACUUCCAUGGAUUAUGAGUCUGGGAAUGACAAUAUGGAACUCAUAGUGAAGCAGAUUUCUGAUGAAGCUGAAUCGCACUGGAUGACAUCAGGAAGCACUGAUGGAAAUGUUCCCCACAGUCAAGAGUUUGGAGAAGUUAGUGGCCUUCAUGGCCUCGUUGAAAGGUGGCAGGUAACCCCCACUGUGGGGAAAUCAAGGCAGAACCCUUCCCAGAAAAGAGAUCUUGGUGCCAUCACAGACAAUGACCGUAAGCAAAACCCAAGUGGUGAGAGAGGUCACAAAUGUAAUGAUUGUGGUAAAUUUUUCCUUCAAGCCUCAAACUUCAUUCAACAUCGGCGAAUCCAUACUGGAGAAAAACCAUUUAAGUGUGGUGAAUGUGGGAAAAGCUAUAAUCAGCGUGUACACCUUACCCAGCAUCAGCGAGUCCACACUGGUGAGAAACCCUAUAAAUGUCAGGUGUGCGGAAAAGCCUUCCGUGUAAGCUCCCACCUCGUCCAGCAUCACAGCGUGCACAGUGGAGAGAGACCGUACGGAUGCACUGAGUGUGGCAAAAACUUCGGGCGGCACUCCCAUCUGAUCGAGCACCUGAAACGCCACUUCAGAGAGAAAUCCCAAAGAUGCAGUGACAAAAGAAGUAAGACUACAAAAUUGAAUAUGAAGAAGAAAAUUUCAGAAUUUUCAGAAGACUUGAACCUAUCAGGGAGAAUCCAAAGAAAUGUUUCUCAAGAUUUUGGAGAAGGCCAUGAACAAGACAAGUUGGAUAGAAAGCAGGGCAUUCCCAUGAAAGAGAUACGAGGACAACCCUCCUCAAAGAGACUCAAUUUCAGUGAUGUCACGUAUGCCCACAAAAAGUCCUCCACAGGAGAGAGGCCACAUAAGUGUAAUGAGUGUGGAAAAAGCUUUAUUCAGAGUGCACAUCUUAUUCAACAUCAGCGAAUCCACACUGGAGAAAAGCCAUUUAGGUGUGAUGAAUGUGGGAAGAGCUACAAUCAACGUGUGCACCUAACUCAACAUCAACGAGUCCACACUGGUGAGAAACCCUAUACCUGUCAUUUAUGUGGGAAAGCUUUUAGAGUGAGGUCCCAUCUUGUUCAACAUCAGAGUGUGCAUAGUGGGGAGAGACCCUUUAAGUGUAAUGAGUGUGGGAAAGGCUUUGGGAGGCGUUCACACCUGGCUGGGCACCUGAGACUCCACUCUAGAGAGAAAUCUCAUCAAUGUCAUGAAUGUGGAGAAAUAUUUUUCCAAUAUGUUAGUCUAAUUGAACAUCAGGUACUCCACAUGGGUCAGAAAAAUGAAAAAAAUGGCAUUUGUGAGGAAGCAUAUAGUUGGAACCUAACAGUGAUGGAAGAUAAGAAGAUUGAGUUACAAGAGCAGCCUUAUAAGUGUGAUAUAUGUGGCAAAACCUUUAGUUAUAGUUCAGACCUUAUUCAGCACUACCGAACUCAUACUGCAGAGAAAACCUAUAAAUGUGAUAUAUGUAGAGAAAAUGUUAGCCACUGUUCCCACAUAAAACAAUAUCAAAAAACCUAUUCCAACGUGAAGUCACAUCAGUGUAAUGAAUGUGGCAGAGCCUUUACUCUGAAGUCACAUCUUAAUCAACAUCAAAGAAUCCAUACUGGUGAGAAACCCUUUCAGUGUAAAGAAUGCGGAAUGAGUUUCAGUUGGAGUUGCAGCCUCUUUAAACAUCUACGAAGUCAUGAGAGGACAGAGCCCAUAAAUACCUUAAGUGUGUAGAUGUUUCUGUUGUAGAACAGCUCUUACUCGAUUUUAGAGAAGCCUUCCUGAAGAGAAACCCUGCUCCUGUAAAGAAUGUAAUAACAACCUCAAGCCUUUUUUCCCAACUUAUACCAUCAAACUCACAGACAGGUCGAAAUCCUUCAGUUUGAAUUCAGCUUUAGAAACACUGGAGAAUCCACAACAAAUAGAUCUCUGUUUCACCAUUGAGAAAUUCUUUUGUUUACCAUCUUUGCGUUUGAAAAUCUAGACAGGGGAGAGCCUUUGGAUGGCACUCAUUCUUCAUUUGAAGCUCGGAACAUUGACUCUGUGGGAUGCCGUGUGAAUGCAGUAGAUUUAAAUAAGCUUUAUUUGUAGUUUCCACCUUGUUUGAUAGCUUAUCUAUUCAGGGACAAGCACAGUGGGGGAGAGAGAGAGAACUCUUCAGCAUGACGUCUGUUUUGGUACCUCAGCAAUGAACCUUUUUCUAAAAAUGAUUAUCCCAGUACUAUAAUGCUCCUGUUAUUGUUCCAUCUUGAGUAUUAAACUCUGUGAGAAGAAAUUGACUUAAGGUAUUUAUAUAUUUUGUCAGAGUUGGGGUUCAGAGACUGAAUGGUCUAUGUUCCUGCUGCCUUACUCAAUCUACAACUUCUUAAAACAUGUUCCACAUUGUUUUUGUUUCGAUUCUCGUACCAUCAGGGUUAGCUGGUAGAAAGAAUGCAUUUAUCAAGGGAAGAGAAAGAGGAGUAACCUUAGGGGAGUAUAGAAAAUGGCCAAACUGUAGAUUGGUUUCUAAUUCUGUUACCCACAAGAAUGAGGGCAGUUAUGUCCAUAGAAGGAAUUGGACCAAGUUGAAUCUUGGUCUAAGCAGUAUGUGUGUACCCGUUCCCAGUCACCCUGGACACAGAUCUCUCCUAUAGAUAAUAGCAUGUAGAAUGAGUUUCAGUUGGAGUUGCAGCUGAAUUAAAAGUGAAUGGUAAUUGGGAGCAGGGAGGUCAUGGUCUGGUUAGCCCUGCCUGGUGGAAUGGAGUUGUUGAGGAAGGAUGACUUGGGCCUGUUUGCUAGAAAGAGGGAGGGUACUCUGGGUGCUGCUGAAGUCCUGCUUCUGCUGACUGCCUGGCUUAUAAUAAACAUUCAGUAAAUACUCACUGACUGUGUCUGUUGUAUGCUGGUCCCUGUGCAGAUGCGUUUUGCCAAGCUGGCAUGCCCAUCCCCUAGUUGCUCUUGAGACACUAGAGACCUCUUCAGAUGAUGGGGGCUUGCCUCACCCAGGACCUGCCUCCACA